AUGCUACCAAUCAAAUACCUUAGCACCAAGGAGACUGCAUUUAUAUAUGCAGUGACAGCAGCAGGCCUUGUGCAUUCUGUGACUCGAUCAUGCAGUGCAGGAAAUAUGACUGAAUGCUCUUGCGAUACCAAAUUGCAGAAUGGUGGCUCAGCCAGUGAAGGCUGGCACUGGGGUGGCUGCUCUGAUGAUAUUCAUUAUGGAAUGUCAUUUAGCAAAAAGUUCCUAGAUGGCCCUACCAAGAACAUAACUGGAAAAGAUGGGAGUGGACUACUGGCAAUGAAUCUGCACAAUAAUGAGGCUGGAAGGCAGGCUGUAGCAAAGUUGAUGUCAGUGGACUGUCGCUGUCAUGGAGUUUCUGGGUCCUGUGCUGUGAAAACUUGUUGGAAAACUAUGUCACCAUUUGAAAAGGUUGGCCGUUUUUUAAAGGAUAAAUAUGAAAACAGUAUACAGAUAUCGGACAGACUGAAAAAAAAGAUCCUCAGGAAAGAAAAAAGCCAUCGAAAAAUACCUGUCCGCAAAGAAGAUCUACUCUACAUAAACAAGUCUCCCAAUUAUUGUGUUGAAGAUCGUAAACUGGGGAUCCGUGGGACACGGGGAAGGGAAUGCAACCGUACAUCAGAGGGCCCUGAUGGAUGCAAUCUUCUCUGCUGUGGGCGUGGCUACAACACCCAUGUGGUCAGGCAUGUGGAAAGAUGUGAAUGCAAGUUUGUUUGGUGCUGCUACGUACGAUGUAGGCGGUGUGAAAGCAUGACUGAUGUACAUACCUGCAAAUAAGCCCAGCUACCUUGGGGAACAAAACAAAAACAUGCUACAAAGUGGUACUUAUUUUUCCUGUGUGGGACUUGCAAGGACGGUGGCUUGUCUGAGCGAUUAAAGAAGUGCUGUAUUUCAGAUAGUUUGGCUAUUAACUAAAAAAGAAUUGCAAGAUGAUUAGUAGCCUGCACAAAGUGAUAGAAGCCACAGCAAAAAACUUCUGGUUCUCUAAAGUGUCUGGGUAGCUAGAUGAUGUAUAUCAAUGCAUCAGUGUGGCUAACAGCAGAUAUUAAACUUUUGAAGUGAGCAACAGCCAUGACACAGUUAGGAUCAAGAACAGUAUUAAAAGUGUUAUAUGGUGGAGUAAAUACAAGGAGAUCUUAGUAGUUAGAGGCUGCAAGGAUACUGGACACUUAAAAGGUGUCAGAUGUAAUCCUUUCUCCCAUAUUUUUAAGAAUGGAGGCUGUCCACAGGAUAGAUUCACACGUGUGACUCCUUCCUGUAAACUGCUGAAAGAAAUGUAGCAAAGCUCUAAGUUGAGUAUACAGUGUUUGCAAAGCAAGUGUGCAGAGAGGCUACCCUACUGCAUAUUAUAAAGAAGCUCAGCAAUGUAAGUAAAGCCAAUGGAGCCCCCAUGGUUGGUGGGAACAAUGGUAUGUUUGGGUUUGUGCCAUGCAUGGCCAGGUAGAAGAUGCUGUAGUACCUUCCACUAAAUGCAAAUGCAAACUUUUUCGUAUUACAUAUCCCCUUCCAGAUUUACCAGCUCCCACAAAUGCCUAUCAGCAUAUAUUUUAACUCCUUAAAUGCCAGUUGUUAUUAUAAUGAAAAUUUAAUCUGCCAUUACACAAUAUCUCCCACAUACCCCCCCAGAGAUGCCUUGCAUACUCCCAGGAGCGCACAUGCCAGAGUUUGGGAACCCCCGGUAUAUAUAAUAGUAACCAUGUUUAGAAGUUUCCCAGGCUCAAAUAUGCUUAGAAGAACUAAAAGGAGGGGCAGGUGUCUGGGACAGAAAUGUGUUCUGGUAUCAGAAACAAAAUCUCCUGCAGCCAGAUCCUUAAGGUCCCAUACCCAUAAACUGGCUUACGUGAUUGGAAACUGGUUUAAGCCUGUAACAGAACAGAAGUUCAGUGCACAUAAACUACUUUCAAAA